GCCACAUUUGAAGUAAAUAUAAUUCAAAACAGGUGCUCGAAAAUGAAAAUAGAGAAAUAUACAGGCCUUGCAUAAUUUUUUUAAAUAAUAAGGUGUGUAGGAUUUCACAAAGAGUAUUUGAAGAAUAUGUUGUCUGGUCGAAGUCGUUUAAAAGUUUUAACAGAAGGAAGGGAUAGAGAUGACAUGGAUGAUGUGCUGUUUGCAUCAAGUCCAUUGGAUGUAGCUGCUCUAGAAGAUGCUAAAAGAGAAAGACGAAGGAAAAAAGUGACUAAAGAAUUAUUUGAAACUGAGAAAGCUUAUCUUCAUCAGUUAGAUUUAAUACACAGGUAUUUCUAUUUUCCACUUCAAUAUGCUUGUAUAAUAUCUGACUCUGCCCAUGCUAGAAUAUUCAGUAAUUUAGAACAACUUAUUGAAGUCAAUCAGAAGUUAUUGGAACAGAUGAAUCAGUCAACAAUAGGACAGGCCUUUCAUCAACUUGGACCAUAUCUCAAACUCUAUUCUACAUAUGCCAAUAAUCAUGAACAAGCUAUGUCAACAUUACAGGAGUGUCUGCAAAAAAGUUCCAAGUUUACAGAUUAUCUUCAGAAUCAAGAACAGCGCCCAGAAUUACAUGGUUUAAAACUAACAUCUUUAUUGAUAACACCAAUACAAAGAGUACCUAGAUAUAAAAUGUUAUUACAAGAAUUGGUACAAUGUACACCAGCUGAUAAUUAUGAUUAUAAUUUAAUUUCCGAAGCUGCAAAACAAAUGGGUGAAAUAGCCUCUCAUAUUAAUGAACAUGUCAGACAGCAUGAGAACUUUCAAAAGAUGUUAUCUAUCCAGAACAGUUUUGAUAGUUCUGCUCCCAAAUUAAUGUCACCAGGUCGUCAGUUUAUCAAAGAAGGGGUAUUGAAUAAAGUUUCAAGAAAAGGAGGAAAGUCCCACGAAAGAAUGUUUUUUCUAUUUUCUGAUAUAUUACUUUAUGGUAAACCUAAGUUGAUAGAAAGUGGUAAAAAAUCCUAUAACUGUUGUUGUGUUUUACCAUUAAAACAUUGUAAAGUUGAUAAAAUGUUUGUACCUGGUGUACAGAAGUCUAACAGUGGUGGUAUGUUUAGUUUAUCCUGUAAAGAAGAAAUCUUAUUACUAUAUUCAGAUGAUCAAUCUAAUGCUAAUGAUUGGAUAAACAUGUUAGAAAAAUCUAUCAGAAAAUUAUGUACUGAUAGACAAACAUUAAGAAAGCCAAGUAGUAAUAAAAUACCAUUACGUGGUAAAUCAUUACGUAGACAUAGACGACAACAAAAGAAAGAUGAUCCUAAGAGUACUAUACGAGGAACCCCAUUAAAAGCUACAUUUGAAGAUGAUGAUUGUUUAGAUUGUUCACCUGUAUUAAGAGAGAGAUUACAACCAGUUAGACAACAGUUACAGUCAUUAUAUGAUAUUAAUAUAUCAACAUGUAUGUCACCAGAUAAAACUGGUACUGUAGAAACAAGUCCUUCUCUUAUAUCAGAUGAUACUAUUGAAAAUACACACAAGGUUGAUGAUGAUUCUUUUACUCUGGUUGAGAGUACGUCAUGCAUGGAUUUACAUAUAGAUGAUCUAGAUGCUAUCUCCAUAUCAACUACCUCAACACAAACAUCACAUACAAUGUCAUUACCAUGGCAACUACCAGAAAAUCAUACAACUACUCAUAGACAAACAAUUAACUCCAGGUUAAAGGCAUAUGUGCGCAAACCUUGGCAGAGAUUAUUAGCAGCCAGAAAAACUCUGAGACCAAAAGAAGGAUGUUCUCCUUUUAAACGACCCAAACGAAGAGCCUCUUCUGUUAGUUAUGGUGCUAAUCUACCAAAACGAAAAUAAUGUAUGUAAUAUACUGCAACAGUAUUAUAGAUAUAAAGGUAAUUCACUCUUUUAAAACAUAUUUUAUACAGUAUGUACAAUGUUAGACUUGUAUAUUAUCAAUUUUUUAGUACAGGGAUUUCAAGUGCUGCUCAUUUCAAUUUAGAAAAUAUAUAAAUUGUACAUAUUUUACUUGAUCUGGGACAGAAAUAAAAUUGAAUUUGAUUUGUUUUACUUGAUGAUAAUCUGUUCUUGUUUUAAGAUAAAGCAAAUGUUGACAUACAUUUAUAAUUGAAAAUGUGUUCAUGUGUCCAAUACAGAAUUUAAAAACAAAAUAAAUAAUCAAAAUUUGUUUAGUCUUUCAAAUAAAUAAUUGAAUCGUAUGAAAAUUUGGAUGGAUUGGAUAAUCUGCACCAUAUAAUAGUUUAAGGUUAAUAUUGAUGUUACUCAAAAUAAAAUGUACUGACAAUAUUAUCAUAUUAUCAUGGCUAUAGUACCUCAUAACUUCGCUCAGACUACAGUAAUAUGACUGCAGUUUUUAAUAGAUUUAUUUUUCAUGAUCUAUUUUUGAAUUUUGUAUUAUUAGAGCAAGAAUGGCCAUCUCUUUAUCUAAAUUUAGCCAAAAAGUCAUUGAGAAAGGUCUGAUUUAAUAUGUCUUAAGAUAAGAUGUUUAAACCCCAUCCCUCUCUCUCUUGAUAUUAAUUGUUAGUAGACAUGAGUGUCAUCAUAUAUACAAAGGUCAAGGGUCAUUGAAAUGUUAGGUCACCAUCCAGAAAGUGAAAAGUCAAACAUUGAAAGUGAAACAGGAAGUAAACAAAAUUGAAAUUCAAAAAUCGGCUCCCCAAGAAUUGUAGCCAUUUGGAGUAGGUUCAAAACAAACAAAAAAUUGGCUCGGCAAAAAAAAAAAAAUAGUAAUAAUAAAAACUUACAAAAACAAUACAUGUUUCGAC